AUGGAUCAUACUGCGGCUGGCGGCGACAAUGGCGCCGAGAGUCGCACGUUUGCAAUCAACGACCCAUCGACACAACAGCCGCCAUCAACGGUGCCCCACCGACGCACCUCCUCCGGCGCAAACUUCCUCUCCAAACUCCCUUUUAUGCGCUCCCAUUCCGAUGGGAAGCAGCAGCAGCAGCAGCGUCACCAAGAAGCCGAAGACGACACUUCGCGCUCCCCGCCGACGUCCAUGUCGACCGUCAUCCAGCAACAGCAGCAGCAGCAAAAGUCUCGACGAAGGAAGGGUUCCCUCAGGAAGGUGGCUCUCUUGGGAAGAGGCGCCCAACGGGAGCGUAAAGAGGCGAAGCAGCUCACCAUUGACACGUCACACACUGUCUCCCGCGACGUGGAGGGCGCUGUGUCUCGAUCGCACACGACAACUAUCGAGCACGACCCUCUCGGACUGAAUAUCGCGGACCUGACGCCGCGGCCGUCUAUGGAUGGGUAUGCGAGUAGAUCGAGCCUGGUAGAAUCUCCAGUAUCUUCUCUGUCGAAUACUCGACAACCAAACGAGGCCGAGUCCACCAUCACCAGCCCUACGAUAUCCUACACAUCUACAACGGACGAAGACGACGUUUUGCACAUACCGAACCACAUGCCGUCGCACCUACAGCCCGACUCGUCGCUCUCAUCGGGCUCCGAAUCCUACUAUGGAACUCGGCCUAGGCAGCAGUCCAUACUGCAGGCCAAGUCACCGCUCUCGUACAGCGGCUUAUCGACCACCCCAUUACCUCCCAACGACACCGAAAUCGACUACUCGGAUACGGAAUGGUGGGGCUGGGUCGUCUUGAUCGUGACGGGGCUGGUGUUUGUUAUGGGCAUGGGCUCGGUCUUCGGGGUAUGGAGUUGGGCGUGGGAUGUCGGUACGACCCCGUACGCGCCCCCGGAGCUCGAGGACGAUCCGACGCUGCCCAUCACGGGCUACUAUCCGGCCCUCAUUAUCUUGACCAGUAUCAUGGCUUGGGUAUGGGUCUCCGUGGCCUGGAUGGGAAUGAAGUACUUUCGCCAUGCUAAGAUCAGCGGGGAGUAA